AUGGCUCGCAAACUCCAAGUAGUUAAGCCGUUGGUCGCCGCCUCGGCGACCGCUCGAGUUCAAGUCCUAGGUGGAGCGUACCUUAUCCCGACAUUGAGGCUAGUACCGCCAACACGUGUGAAUGGCGAGUACGAUAUGGAGGCCACGGUGGCAGCAGCGAAAGCCAACUGGUCUUUGCGCGGCCCCGUUGUUGUCGAUUUGGCCAACGUGAGCUCGAAUGGGUCACCUCACAUGUCUCCCAUCAGACCAGCCGAGUUAAAGGCGUUGUUUAGUUCACUGAAGGAUGCUAAUCUCGUUCCCAUCGCCAUUACCAACGCGAGCGAAGAUGUCAAGACCAUAGCGUGGCGCACGCUUCAAGUUCCAAGCAUCAUGGGCACACGUAUGGGUGACGAAGACACCAGCAGCGACCGGUGGCAAUCUGUGCCAGCAUUUGACGACACUACAUCAAAGGACGAGGCGGAGUAUGCAGCGGUGACAGAAGAAUCGUACGCAAAGGACCCGUUGGUUGAACAUGAAACGAGCAACACAGAACCGCUCACGACGUCACCUACGCAUGGAACGAAAGGCAUGAUGGUAGUAGAAGGAAGUGUGCGAACAGGGCAACAGAUCUAUGCGAAAGGACAGGGCCUCGUCGUCAUGGGUUCGGUGAACUCAGGCGCGGAAGUCUUAGCUGAUGGAGACAUCCACGUGUAUGGAGUGCUCAAGGGUCGUGCCCUCGCUGGCAUUGGGGGGUAUUCCCAUGCCAAGGUAUACGCGCAAAAGUUUGAUGCCGAGCUGAUUUCCAUCGCCGAUACGUUCACGACAUGCGAUGCGCUGGCGGCUCGCGAUGCCGGUGACGUGGUGGACGAUUUGCCAACCGUUGUAUGGCUCGAGGACGGCGUCCUGCGGUUCAAGUCGGUGGCUCCUGGUCGCGUGUAGUGGUUUCAGCAGUAUGAACAUCAAGUGCUCUUUACAAACACAAAAGUCUCGGAAG